GCCUGGCUCCCUCGGGUCCGCUCCCCUUUCCCGCCGGCCUGGCCCGGCGUCACGCUCCCGGAGUCUCCCCGCUCGGCGGCGUCUCAUUGUGGGAGGGGGUCAGAUCACCCCGCCGGGCGGUGGCGCUGGGGGGCAGCGGAGGGGGAGGGGCCUUAGUCGUUCGCCCGCGCCGCCCGCCCGCCUGCCGAGCGCGCUCACCGCCGAUCUCCCUCCUUGCUCUGCAGCCGCGGCCCAUGGAGCCCGCCGGCCCGGCCCCUGGCCGCCUAGGGCCGCUGCUGUUCUGCCUGCUGCUCUCCGCGUCCUGUUUCUGUGCAGGAGCCAGCGGGAAAGAACUGAAGGUGACUCAGGCUGACAAAUCAGUGUCUGUUGCUGCUGGAGAUUCGGCCACUCUGAACUGCACUGUGUCCUCCCUGACGCCUGUGGGACCCAUUAAGUGGUUCAAAGGAGAAGGGCAAAAUCGGAGCCCGAUCUACAGUUUCAUAGGAGGAGAACACUUUCCUCGAAUUACAAAUGUUUCAGAUGCUACUAAGAGAAACAAUAUGGACUUUAGCAUCUGUAUCAGUAAUGUCACCCCAGAAGAUGCUGGCACCUACUACUGUGUGAAGUUCCAGAAAGGAAUAGUAGAGCCUGACACAGAAAUUAAAUCUGGAGGGGGAACAACGCUCUAUGUACUCGCCAAACCUUCUUCACCGGAAGUAUCGGGCCCAGACUCCAGGGGCUCUCCUGGACAGACAGUGAACUUCACCUGCAAGUCUUACGGCUUCUCUCCCCGGAAUAUCACCCUGAAGUGGCUCAAAGAUGGGAAAGAACUCUCCCAUUUGGAGACCACCAUCUCCAGUAAAAGCAAUGUCUCCUACAACAUCUCCAGCACAGUCAGCGUGAAACUAAGCCCCGAGGACAUUCAUUCUCGGGUCAUCUGCGAGGUAGCCCACGUCACCUUGGAAGGACGCCCGCUUAAUGGGACCGCUAACUUUUCUAACAUCAUCCGAGUUUCACCCACCUUGAAGAUCACCCAACAGCCCCUGACGCCCGCGAGCCAGGUGAACCUCACCUGCCAGGUGCAGAAGUUCUACCCCAAGGCUCUCCAGCUGAACUGGCUGGAGAAUGGAAACUUAUCACGGACGGACAAGCCCGAGCAUUUCACAGACAACAGGGAUGGGACCUAUAAUUACACAAGCCUGUUCCUGGUGAACUCAUCUGCUCACAGAGAGGAUGUGGUAUUCACGUGCCAGGUGGAGCAUGACAGUCAGCCAGCGAUCACCGAAAACCAUACCGUGCGGGCAUUUGCCCACUCGAGUAGUGGAGGCAGCAUGGAAACCAUCCCUGAUAAUAAUGCUUACUACAACUGGAACGUCUUCAUCGGUGUGGGUGUGGCGUGUGCUUUGCUAGUAGUCCUGCUGAUGGCUGCCCUCUACCUCCUCCGAAUCAAACAGAAGAAAGCCAAGGGCUCAACUUCUUCCACACGGUUGCACGAGCCCGAGAAGAAUGCCAGGGAAAUAACCCAGAUCCAGGACACAAAUGACAUCAACGACAUCACAUACGCAGACCUGAAUCUGCCCAAAGAGAAGAAGCCCGCCCCCCGGGUCCCCGAGCCCAACAACCACACAGAAUAUGCAAGCAUUGAGACAGGCAAACUGCCUAGGCCAGAGGAUACCCUCACCUAUGCUGACCUGGACAUGGUCCACCUCAACCGGGCACAGCCAACCCCCAAGCCUGAGCCAUCCUUCUCAGAGUAUGCCAGUGUCCAAGUCCAGAGGAAGUGAAUGGGGCUGUGGUUGGCUCUAGGCCCCAUCCCCACAAGUUUUCUUGUCCUACAUGGAGUGGCCAUGAUGAGGACAACCAGCCAGCCAGCCCUGUCUCCAGAAGGCCAGGUGGCACAGGUCCUAGGACCAGGGGUAAGGGUGGCUUCUGUCUUCCCUCCGUGGCUCUCCAACACCUCUUGGACACCCAUGUCCCCUUCUUCUGGAGCUGGGUGUUGCAGAACCAGAGGGGGAACUGGAGAAAGCUGCCUAGAAUCCAAGAAGCGUUGUGCCUCAGCCCAUCACACUGGGUCUGGAUCCUGGUCUUGGCAACCCCCAGGUUGCUUCCUUGAUGCUCCAGCGCCUGGUCUUCUGUGUGGAGAAGAGUUCACCAUCUCCAUCCAACUUGAGCUUCGGGGCCAGACUCCCUUUAGAUCAGACCGCCCCAUGUGUGGAAGAACUACACCAGGAGUCAACAAGUUUUCAGCCAACAGUGCUAGCCUCCCCACCUCCCAGGCUGACGAGCCCUGAGGAGAAGGAACCCUCUUCCCCUAGACCAGCAGAGACUCCCUGGGCAUGUUCAGUGUGGCCCCACCCUUCCAGUCCCAGCUCGCUUCCUCCAGCUAGCACUAACUCAACAGCAUUGCUCUGUGGACGCCUGUAAAUUAUUGAGAAAUGUGAACUGUGCAGUCUUGAAGCUAAGGUGUUAGAAAAUUUGAUUUGUGCUGUUUAGUUGUUGUUGGGUUUCUUUUCUUUUCUUUUUUUUUCUUCCUUUUUCUUUCUUCUUUUUUUCUUUUCCCCCUUAAAACAACAGCAGCAGCAUCUUGGCUCUUUGUCAUGUGUUGAAUGGUUGGGUCUUGUGAAGUCUGAGGUCUAACAGUUUAUUGUCCCGGAAGGAUUUUCUUAUAGCAGAAACAGAUUUUUUUUCCAAUUCCCAGCACCCUGAGGACCAAGAAGGAUCCCUCUGUUGUCAUUUUCAGCACUCAGCGUCACUGGGAUGAGCCAGGCUCUGUCCCCACAGCUGGCCCUUGGCCUCCAUGGCUACUGUGGUAAGUGCAGCCUUGUCUAAUCCAGUGCUGACGUUGGCCAUUCCUCAUUGAGGAGAGAAGGUCAGUGACAAACUCACAAGCACUGCAGAGGCAUACGGAGAGAAGGGACGCUCGGCCAGCACCCGGUAUUCCAGCGCUCUGAGGUAAUCAGUGCAAGGAGUCUGUUAUUACCAUCAGACCUCAGCAGGAUCAUACUGGAACAGAACCUGAUCAUACCUGUGACAACACAGCUGUGAGCCAGGGCAAACCACCCCACUGUCCCAGAGUCUGGGCAGAGGCUCUGACCCCCACCCUUCAAACUGGAUGUCGGGGCCUGGCUGGGCCCAAUGGCAAGCAGAUGUUGCAACCCUAGCUAUCUGGUCUUAACAUGCAGCUCAGUAAGUUGAGGCGCUAAUGUCCCCCCAUGCCGGGGGAUUCCUGGUUCCGGCUCUUCAAGUAAGAAGCUGAUUCAACCUGCCUGUUUCUGUAGGUGUGACAGGGAUGUCAGGAAAACAGCCAGGACUCAUCUCUAUAGGGCUGGUGACCUGAUACUUCCCAUAAAGGCAUCCAGGAGUUAGCUGACCCAAUAGUCAGAGUUGACCUCACUGGCCUAGCAAACCGUAACUUGUCUUUGGCCCAGCCAUGGUCUUGGGCUGUCUUCUAAUUCCAAAGGGUUGGUAGGUAAAGAUCCAUCCUCUUCCCCUCUGCCAAGAGACAUCACGUGUGUACACACACACAUGCGCGCGCGCACACACACACACACACACACACACACACACACACACACGGGUGUAUAGGUGAGUUAAAAGGAUGUCCUCGCUGACAUCCUAAUUUUGUCUUAAGUUUUUUUGGAGGGAGAAAGGAAAGAGGCAGGGAAGAUACGUAGCUCUAGCUUUAGUCAGGCAGCCUGGGGGGAUCCCCAAGCCUAUGUAUGGAACCCUGGUACGAAAGCGCCCUGUGAGGAGUGGGAUUUCAGUUUUAUCUGUAGACCAGAUGAGAAGGAGAAAGGCCCCAUUUUGUACAUAGUUGCAACUUAAAAUUUUUGGCUUGCAAAAUAUUUUUGUAAUAAAGAUUUCUGGGUAACAAUGA